CAGCAGCCAGGAUUAAACAUAGUUGUAAUCCAUGGGAAACAAAGUCGUGUGUCUGAGCUGCGCGCUCACUUCUGAGUGAGAAGCAGGGAGCUACAGUGCAGCGUCGUGGACCAUGUAAAACAGCCGAGGGUUCGCAAUGGAGGCGACGAUAGUGACGGCAGAGCAGGAGAAGCCACAGAAGCGGGUGAGGUUCCGCGUGGCUUCGGGGAACAGUGGCCGGGUGUUGAAGGAGAUGUUCAAGGAUGAGGGGCCUUCAGAUUCCCUGGAGUCCGACUGCACCAGCAGCUCUGACGCCGAGCGGGCCAGCACCCCCUCCACAAGUGGAGAUCCCCACGGACACCUGUACGGAUACCUGGGCUCGGAGCUGGAUGACAGUGAGUGUGAGCCUGAUGAGCUGCUCAUGUACGCUGGGGCCACCAAGGACUGGAUGUUCAACACAAAGAGAGUCAACAUCCUCAGUAAAAAUGGGACCGUGAGGGGGGUCAAGCACAAAGUCAGCGCAGGUCAGACGCUGUUUGAAAGCCUUCCCAGUUGCAGCAGUGUGGAGUUGUCACUCGAGUUUGGGCGGAUUGUGAUCUACACGACCAGCUUCCGCGUGGUGAGGACCACGUUUGAGCGCUGUGAGCUGGUCAGAAAGAUCUUCCAGAACCACAGGGUCAAGUUUGUGGAGAGGAACAUUGCUCUGGACAUCGAGUACGGGAAGGAGUUGGAGGAGCGGUGCAAACGGGUGGGAGAACCUCCUUCACUACCUGUCGUGUUCAUCGAUGGACACUACCUUGGGGGUGCUGAGAAAAUACUUGGUAUGAAUGAAUCAGGGGAACUUCAAGACCUUCUGACAAAAAUUGAGAGGGUGCAGCAUCCCCAGACGUGCCAGACCUGUGGGGGCUUCGCCUUCAUCCCAUGCCCGAUGUGCCAUGGCAGCAAAAUGUCCGUGUUCCGCAACUGCUUCACGGAUUCCUUCAAAGCCCUCAAGUGCACUUCCUGCAACGAGAACGGUCUGCAGGCCUGUGUGAGCUGCAGCCAGUGAGAUUUUGUCAUGUGCCUGACCCAGAAUCCCUCCCUCACCUCCUUCUCUGGGACCUUAGGACCCUGAACUGGACUAAAACACAAGCAGAGACACACGAAACACAGCAGGACUCUUCUUCCAUGGCCAUUGUUAGUUACAAAAAAAGAAAAAAAAAAAAGAAUAAAAACAAAUUUGUAAUAAAAAUCUGUGAAUUUCAGCUCUUUAUAUAAAUGGGUAAUUUCUUCGUUUCUUCAAACACUGAGGAGUCACGAACUAUAGCGUCACCUCAAGUAAACUUCAGCUUGUUUGUUAAUUAGUGACGAGGCUCCUUCAUUAACAAAGCUCUCAUCACUAAUCCCAUAUCAGACAGACUUACGGAGAGCGGACACUCAGGACAGAGAGGGAAAGUCAAGGGCUCAAUUUGCAAAGGAGAGAAGGCCUGAAAGUGGAGACUGGACUCAUUCAUUUUAUAGUUACAUCAGUUGUACAGUAGUGUGACACACACACACUUGCACACAUUUAAAUAAUAAAUCAGGGGCAUCCGUUAUUUCAGAUAUUUUUAAUGGCUCCUUUAGCAAACAUAGACAGUCAUUAACUAUACAUACUUACUUACUGUAUAUAUGGAAGAAUACUUUUUGAAAAGCAGGUUUAACUAAACCUAUACAUUUUAUCAAGAUAUUUACAUACAUAAAUAUUCUUCUAACCGCAUAUACUAACCUAAACAUGUGAAUAAAUAAAAGGGGAAACCUAAAUCAAUGUCAAAAUCUCUAUGAUCUAAAUAUUUCAGGUGGAAAUCUGUGCUGAUAUAAUUAGAAUUUUUUUUUGAAAACAAAUUAAAUACAUGGAUGAUUUAGUGUACCCUUAAUUCCCUUAAGACAACAUAUACUGCAACUUAAUAUAAAUAUGUAUAUAUGUAUAUAUGUGUAUAUAUACAUAUAUGUGUACUUUUACAUGUUUUAUUUCAAAUGAUUAAUCAACUACUUAACAUACAGAUGUAACUGGUACGGAACUAUUUAAUUUUAACUGUGCUAUAAUGAUGACAGAUAUAGAAAAAACACAUUUUAAAUAGACCACACAGCAGCAUUAACAUUAAUAAACGAUUAUAAAAUCACACAUUUGAGUUCCUCGUGGACACAUGAGGGAGAAGUUUGUUUGGAUUAAGGCUGCAGUGCAGGGAAAAAUCAUUAAAAAUGAAUCUUUUCUUAAAUCCAGAUGAUUAGAAGCAGGAUGGAAAUACCGUCAAUGAGAGCGGCGUGAUGUGUUCAGAAAACUGUCUGGAUUAUUUCGAAACAUAAGCCUGUUUAUUUUUGGGGGGUAAAAUGUCAGACUGUUGUUCUGUGACAUGAGAUGCUCACGCUGGCUAAUCCAGAAGUAGCACAGUGCAGUGUAACUAAUCGGUUCAAUAAUGUAGUGGCUGCAAAGGGGGACGUGGCUUUGCACUGAAUAAUUCAAUCCGAGGGGGAACUUCAUGUGCUUCCAUUUUCCUUUUAACCCUUAAAAAAACAAAAAAAAACAAGCAGUGGAUUCUUGUGUGUGUCGGACUGCUGCAGAACCAAAGUCUGUGCAGUGUCCACAGUCCCUGAAGAUCACACACAGUCCUUCCUCGCUUC